AUGACGCACUGUGACGUCACAGCCAGAGCCGGGGGGAAGGUGGACGGACAGAAUGGCGACUCAGUGCCGGAUCUCCAAGUGCACGGCAGAAAAAAAGGAUUCCGGCGGGAACUCGACUCAUGGCGGCACAAACUCAUCCACUGUGUCGGGUUUGAAAGUAUAUUGGAGGGAAUAUAUGGACCAAGACUGCUGCAGGAUCUCAAUAUAUUUGAUGAUUGUGAACCAGAGGCUGUAGAUGAUUGGUCCAUGGAUGCAAACUGCUCCUUUUGCAACCUGCAGCUGGAGAACCUGAAUGACCAUCCUCCCGCUGUGAUCGUGCCUGGGUCGCCACCCCCUGCUGAAACCCCCCCACCUCAGGGCCAGUCCACCUCUGAUAAAUUCCAGUGCCAAGCAGACAGAUUCCUCCAUGCUAUAUUUCACAAAAAGGAGUUCCCUCAGAGCUGCGAUUCAAGUAUACCAUUGGUGGCGCAGGACUUGAUGCGCAAGAUGAUUCGGCGGUUUGCCUUGGAUUAUGCAUGUAAAAGUCAGUCUCACGAGGGACUGAAUGGCCUGAGUGACAACUCUAACCUUCUCCCUCAAGAAACGGAUCCUGAUGGGCCCCUGGACCUCACUAUCAGCCGAGCUUCACAGGCCCUGCAGCAAGUAGAUGGAGUACUUGACCUCUCUAAGAAAAGCACAUCUUCAGAAACGGCAUCUACUCAACAAAAUAUUUCAGGUUCCUUAGGACCAAAUGAGGAGGACCAGUCCAGACUGGGGAAGGAGGACGGUUCUAAAGCUCCAGAGGUCUGGACAGUCACUGUGUUGGAGAAAGUCAUGUCUUCGCUUUGUUCCCGCCAUAGAGUGCUGCUCUAUCACAUUUUAAUGGACAUGAAGGAAGACUACAACACCUCUGAAUCUCUUCGGGAUGCCCAGAGACGACAAUUUAAGGCUGAACCCCUCUACUGCCAUGCUGAUAAAAAAAUGCAUAAUGAAAUCCAAACAGUUACAUUAAGUGACUGCCCUGAAACUGCUGCCGUUUGUUGUAGAACAGCUUGUAGGGUUUCAACAUGCGUGUUUGCUCCUAUAUGUGUGUGUCUGAAGAACAUUCAUGGGCACUCCUGCCAGAACAUAGCCAUGGCAUGUGUUGGCUGUCCUAACUCUGUUUGUUGUACAAAAAUAUCCUUGUGCCAGCAUCAGAAUGAUCAUGCCUAUAUUGCUCAUCCAAGAGGUGUCCCAGUCAACUCCAAAAACGUUUUUAACUCCCAUAUUGACGGUAAAAGAAGUCGUAGCCCCUCUCCACCACCACUCUCACCAAAGCCUGUGGACACAGAGUGCAAAAUGGCCGCAAAGACAAGCAUCUCCCACAUUCAGGACUGCAAGGGCCUGAAUAUGGCACCUCCUCCACUCCUACCUCACAGAACAGAGUUUGAAGACACAUCUUUGCACUCUGACAUUCUACUUCGUUUGGGAUCUACUGAUGAACAUUGCAAGAAGGUUGUGACAUCUCAAUCACAAGUAGAGAUAGAGAAUGACCACCAGUGUGGAUCUUUAAUAGGAGACCUAAUGGAUCGAGUCACUGAAAAGCUCAAGAGUAUCCAACCAUCAGAGAGGGAACAGUCUCUUUAUACUCAUGCCAAUCAAAUCUCCAAGACAAGUGAUGACACCCAUUUGACAGAGAUUAUAACAACUGUACUACACAAUAGUAGUGACACAGAUUACAACCUUAACAAGCUUUUACAACAGCACGUAGCCACAGAAAAGAAAUCGCCUCAGACACGUUUCCGUAGGAGAUUGGAAACUUUAGAGGCCAUGAGCAAGUCACCUGACCUGCCAUCAUCACGAAGACAAAGCUUGCAAAUCAAAAGAGAUUUGGCCAGACUUAGUCCAUCAUAUUGCAGGAGGAAGAUGGGGUUUGAGAGAGAUAAGUGUCCAAAAAAUUUAAAACCUCACCCCACACACAUUCUUGUUGAUAAGUUUGAAUGCAGUAGGCUGGAGAAAGUAUCCAAGACAGUGGACACCAAGCUCCUAAAAGAUUCCUGUGACAAUCUGACAACUCCAGCACACAGUGAUGAGACACAGCAUAUUCAAGAGAACCAAGAAACCCAACCCCAACAUAUUGGUCCUAAAGAACUACUGCCUCGUGAUAAAAGGGCACGAUCAAAAACGACUGGUCACUGGAAGCCAAAAGCAAAAACCCAUGAAAAGAAAAGGCUAACUGUUCAAAUGGGAAGGUCCAGACGAAAUAUUGUUCCUCCCCAGCGUUUCUCUUCUUAUGUCACCGAACCACGAAAGAUGUAUUUUGCGGCCUGUUUUUCAGAAAGUAUAUUUAUCAAGCAUUCCCCUACGGGCAGCACCUCAACAGCACUGUCAGACGAAACUGUCAGUGAACAACCAUUCAUAAUUGAAGAUGAAAAACAAGACCGUGAUGUUCCACAGAACAAGGCUUUUCCGAAAGAUGACAUUUCAUCCAAAGAAGAUCCACUAUGUGAGAAUGGCAUUGAUGGAAGGAAUCACCAUAAACGGAGUUCAAGAAAAAGGAAAACAAGCCAAAAUUCCUCAUUACCAUCAAAAAGAUCUAAACCUAAUAGAACAAACAGUCUAGACACUGACUCUCACUGUCCUGCUGUAUCUGUGUCUAACUCUACAACCACUGAGAUUGUGAAACAUGCUAAAAAGAGCCCGUCUGGAUUGAAGUACAACAGUCCAAUAAAGCUUAUGUUUGUUUCCACUGUGAGAGGUGAAGAUGGGGUAAAAUAUACACUCAAAGCAGCCGGCUCAAAUUCACAUGGAGAGAUGUUUGAUCCAUGUGUAGAAUCCUCCUGGGCAGGCAGUGCAGUAGAUGAACAUGUGCAGGAUUCAGUCAUUGAUCCUGCUCCAGGGAAAACUGUUGAGCGUGGUGGGAACAAAUGCACCUCACCAAAAGUGGUGGCUUCACUUGAUGUAUUAUCGCCCAGUUGUUCAAACAGUGAAGGUGUGAACCAAGAAACUGUACCAACUGCACAUCAAACAACACCAGUGAAAAGGCGUCCUGGGCGCCCCAAAAAAUUAGGGCCACAAAUUGAGAAGUCUGUGAAACGUCCCAUUGGCAGACCUCCAAAACCAAAAAUGAUAGAUUUAGGUGCUUCAAGAGGUAAAACUGUGUCCAAUGUGGUGAAUCCUAGAACAACAGAAAUGUCUUGCAAGGAUGAUGGAAACAAAAAUCUAAAGAUUACCAUAGUGUAUGGAAGAUCAAGAAGGACAAGGAGGGUAGUGUCUGAGGAUUUGGGACAUUUCCCAGCACACCAACCUGUUUAUGAAGUAUUUAAUAGUGGCAUGUGCAGUAAGACAUGUUCUGGAAUAACAAGCAGUGAUGAUGAAAUGACCAAAGAUCAGCUAAAGGAUCUCAAUUUGUUUAUGCCUGCCAAAGAUAGGAAAUGCAAAGUCCGUUCCAGCAGCAACAUCAAAUGUCAAAGACCUAGUGACACGGCAGCAUCAAGAAAACCAGGAAGACCUCCCAAGGUCAAGAUUUCUGGGAUAUCUGUCACAGUCACCACAGAAUCGCCAAGGCAAAGAUACAUACACAUGAAAAGGGACGCAAAAGAUUCACAUCUGCGCCGAAGGACACAUCUUGAACCUUCCAAAGAGCAGAAGAUGAUCCGUAUUCCAACUGACAUUCGCAAGGAUGAAGUGGAUGCACUGAAAGAACAUUGUCAGAAUCCUAGAAGGACACUUAUACCAGUGAGACAUUCUGUUAGAGAGCGGAAACCCUCCAUUCAUUUGCUCCACUCUGUUGCUACUGCCAGGUCCUGUGCACUGGUCCGUAGGUCACAAGCAUUACUACUGAAUAAGGCUAGAUCGGAGGCCAGCCAUCCUACCCAGAGCAGACAUGAGGAGCCACCAAACAAUGCACUUUCCACAAAGACCAAGAAUGUCAGCUGCAUGCAAGAUAUAGCACGUUUUUCUGCUGUGUCAGUAGACACAAUUUUCUCAUCUACUGAAGGUUUUCGGUGGUGGCCUACCUCAGCAUCGCCCGAGAUCUUGAAUGAAGAAUUAGCCAGGAGGAUCAGGCUGAUGUCCAAUACUUGGGUAUCGAAUGUCCGAGAGGCCAACAAGUCACUGGAGAUGAAAACCAGUCUUGAACCAAACGGUUCUGAGAGGAAGUCUGCCUCUGCCAUCAAAAUGCUCUUUGAGAAAAGCUGUAAUAUGGAGAAGCUCUGUAAUUGGUUUAUGCAGACCACAGAAACUCAGUCCCUUGCGAUCGUAAAGAAGACGAGUGCAAGAAAUCCCAAGGAGGUCUUUCACUACAACUCCAGCAGACCUAAUUGCAAAGUGAAUAUUUGCCCAAGUCCACAGGCAGAGCGGCUCAGGAAACAUGUCAAAAAAUUUGCUAAAGUCGUCCCAAAGAGUCCAUCAAUGCACAAGCAAGCUCAAGAAUUGCUGUCCAUGGCAAAGAGGUCACACGUCAAGAGAAAGCUCUUCAACACAUCACCAUUUAAACUGGGGCAUAAUGUUGGGCAGCAGAUGUCUAAGUCUAAAGGCACAUGGGUUGCCUACAAAACAGCUUUGCUCAGAGUAAGGCUAAAGUUUAAAACCAGGCACAGGAAAGCAUUAAGAGCCUUUUGUGGCCAGAGGAGAAGAAAGAAUAUAGAGUUGUUAAACGAAAUGCCUAAUUUGGUAGAUAAAACCCCCACACCAGCCAUGAAAGUGCAAAAUGCGUUAAAGCUUUUAGUUAAAAGCCCAGGUGUAGUCAAAGCUUCCCAGAAGAUUACAGAAGAAAAAAGUAUCAGCUCCCAAGCUUGGAGUCCUGAGUCCCUGAAAGAGUGCAGGGUGUUUCUAAAAAAGAUCAACUCCCCAAACACACAAUCAACGACCGAGGAAUGUAACAUUUGCACAGUAAAGCUCUAUGAUGUCUCUCCGGAGCAAGAGGAUACUGAGGGCAUUAUGAUGGGGCGGACACUAAAAUUUCCAGUACAGUUGCCCGUAUCCCCAAAAAGCCAGAGCAAAAGAGGCAAAUGGAAAAGUUGCAACACAAGAACAUCUCCUCCAAAAAUGCUCAGACAAUCAAGGAGCAGCAGGGGUGUUCUGGGAGCGAGGUGGUGUGACUUUGUGUUCGGAUCUUUGAAAUAAUUUGGGACCAGUCUCCAAGACAUACUCUUGAACUCAAAUACAAGGUGCCUUUUAACAGUGGCCUGUCUGAGUAUCACAAGCAUUACGACACGGGACCUCAGCAAGCAUCAUGUAGUAAAGAUUUGACACUUGUCAUUAUUUAGACACUCGUUGCUUUUGCACUAUUUCAAUCUACUUUGAUCUUUUGUUUGUGAAAUGAUUUUUUUCCCUUUUAAAAGCUCCCUCACGUUAUUCUUGGUGCAGAUCAAGUGAAGGAAAGAUUGUUGUGUGGCGUAUCAAAGGUUACACGAGGACUAUUCUGUGAUAUUGGAGUCUCAUAGCAGAGCUCAACCGGAGUCAUAUAAGCCAAACAUUUAUAAAUUCUUAAAGAAAUGUUAAUUUCAAACAUUCAUCUAUAUUUGACAGUAUCUUGUAAAAUAGCUCUUUAAAUGGGUUCUUUGCAAGUACUUUUUCUUUUUGUUGGAAAUGUCCCUUGAUGAAAAAAAUGCUUAAGCUAGUGUAAAUGGGUUUGCUGGUCUCUUGGCUGUUUUUUUGGACGCUUUUCAGAUGUUCAGGCUGAAAGACCAGCUUGAAACGGCAAACCACCGUAUGCUUUUUUUUUCCUUUUUCUUGUGUAGGGUGUACUGGUUCUCUUAUGUGCUAUUAUUAAGUCAGUAAAAACAACUCUAUUCUGUUUACGGCCCAUUCAGACUGUACUCAAAGCAUUAAGAAUUGAUUUUUAUUUGUGUGUGUGCAUCUCUGUAUCCAGUUAGUGUUCUCCUACCUUCUAUGUGUGGAAACCUUGCUUUUCUUAAACUUCUGUGAAUUUUGACUGUUUGCCAAAUUAAUUCAUUUAAGCAUUAAUUUACAACCUGAUUUUAGUAUUUGCACUACCAAGCCCCAACUGUUACCCAUUUUAUUUUUACUGACAACCAUUAUGUAUGUCACUGUGGUGCAAUGUUUCAAUGUCUCUGAAAGCCAGACAUUUGUUUUGUAUUUUAUUAAAAGCUUUUAGGGUGAUCUAGAGACAAAUAUGUUCCACUUAUAAUUUCUUGAAUAGAAGAUAUUUUGUGCAAACCUUAAUGUGUGAUCUAUUGCAGUAUGACACCUACCUCCUGAUAUCUACUGGUAAGGCAUGGUGCUCUCAGCCUAAACUGGUAUUGAUUACCCUAGUGGUGUAACUGUGUGGUUAGCCAGGUCAAUCAACUAGGCCUCUACCAAGAGCAUUUAAACUAGUUAUACUGCCUGUGCAUGUUUAGUUUGCUCCAAUUUAUUUAUUUCAAUACUGCAUUGCUACCCUUUGUUUCCAACUGCUGUUGGUGUUAUUAGUCUAUGACCUUGUCCUUUCCCCCUUGUAACAAGACUGGUUUACGUCUGUGCAAUAAAAAGCUUAGUUGGUUCUACACUUUUAAACAACCCCCGCGGUUCUCCUUACAUGCUCUACUCUGAGAAAUCUGGUUAAUUUUGACAUGUAGCCUGGAUUUGUUUUUAUAUCAAACUGGUUACUACUUGAUUUGAUAAAUUAGUGGAUCAUGAUCAGCUUGAGGCAUUUGUUCUUAACCUGCUGAAUUAUUUACUAGUUUUGCUCGUUUCGUUAUGAAGGGUUCUUCUCUGCAGUACAUUUACACAUGCUUGUGCAGAAACCUUUUUAUUGGCACUCACUGUGCCACAGCUGGUUAAACAACCAUCUACAGUUUAAGAGCCCCAAUUACCAACAUUCUGGAGCUGCCCACUGGUUUCAAUGUGGCAAGAGAAUGUGCAGAAGUUAAUUUGUGCAUUAUGUGUGUAUACCUAUGCUGGAGCUUGAAAUGGACCUUUUGUAUAUUACCAUGUUCGUUUAUGCCAUUUUGAGGCUUUGGCCACUGUCAAGUUGUUACCUGGUGCUAUAGGUUGUAUAUAAACGUACAAGUUAUAUACACACACGACUCUUGUUUUUUUUAUAUAUAUAUAUAUAUAUAUAUUCUUUUCAAUGUCUCAUCAUUAGAACA